AUGUCUUUGAGAAUUCCUCUCUUAAGUACUUCAAGAACUUCGCUUUAUCUGUUAAGCGCUCCUCUUGCUAAAAAGAAAGAGGACGGGAGGAGUAGAAAACGUGAUAUUGAGAAGUUGUUCGGCCGUGGCCGAACUUGGAAGGAAGGGGUCACGAUGAGUAGUAUUGAAUUUGCCGUUGCAAAUAUGGAAAGGAAGUAA